AUGGACAUCCGCGGAAACCGGGACAGGGACGUUCGAAGCGGUGAUAGGGACGUUCGAAGCGGUGACAGGGGUAGGGAUUUCCGUGCUGAAGGGAAAGACAGAGGUGUCCGCGAUAAGGAGUUGCGAGACACGAACGGGGAUAAGGAUAGAGAUCUGCCAAAAAACGAGUCCAGAGGAGCGGUCAGGGAUAGACUGGAGAGGUGGAGGGGGAGAGUGAGGGACGACGAGGGAAAAGGGGGCAGGGGAACGGAGAGAGUGGGGGACGACGAGGGGAGAGGGGGCAAGGGAAGGGAGAGAGGAUCGAGCUUUUGCGAGGAAGGUUCUGAGGAAGGUUCCAUGGACCGAAAGCGACGGGCGGAGCAGACGAGGGAGGAGAGGCAGGAGGGGAGGAAGGAUGGGAGGAAGGAUGGGGGGAAGGAGCAGAGGGAGGAGAGAGAGGAGAAAAGGGUGGAAUAUUCGAGCGACGAGGGGAGAGGGAAGAGAAAGGAGGAGAGGAGGAAGGAGAGGGGUGGCAUGGAUAGAGAGCUUUCAGACGAUUCUCCUGCCGCAGCAGCAGCAGCAGCGUCUCCUGCUGAUGAAGGAGAUUCUGAGGAUGAUUCUUAUGGCCCUGCUGAGAAAGAAGAUCCGGAUAGAAGUCCCAAGCGGCCCAGAACAGGCAGCAAGGCGAACGGCGCACAGAAACGUGAAGGGAAGAGCUUAGAGAACCGCGAGGGGAACAGCCCUGCCAAGGGCAAACCGGUCGCUUCAACCAAGUCCAAGAACCCUCCUGGGAGUGCAUUGCCCUCUGCAGGUGCAUCGCCUGCUGCAGGUGCAUUGCCUGCUGGGGACGCACUACCCCCUGAGCUGGCGGCGCUGGUGAAAGCUCGUCUCGCUGCUGCCAAGGCAGCUGGCGGGAUAAGUGUGAACCCUGCAGCGGCGGCAGCAGCUCAGAUGGUUGCAGCAACGAGAGCGGCGGCAAUGGUGAGCAAAGGCAUUGGAGGAGCCGCAGGGAGCAAUGUUGUUGGAGGGGCGGCUCUCGGAAAGACUGGGAUGACGGCAGAGGAGAAGAGGAAGCUGCUGUGGGGCUCAAAGAAGGGGCUGAAAGGAGCGAACGCAGCACCAGCCAUGCCAGCAGCUGCUGCAGAUUGCACAGACUUAUCCAAUCUUCCCUAUGCUACCUUCUCGCCUGCCCAUCCCCCUUUUUUCUUACCUUCGCCAUGCAUCCCUGUGCCCUGGCGUGCCGUGCAGGGGUUGAAGGGAGCAAAGGCCGCUCCAGCCACGGCAUCAGCAGCAGCAGCAGCAGCCAAUGCACCAGUGGGGGUGGUGAUGUCAGAAGAAAAGCAGAGGGAGCUGCAGGAGCAGCUGGAGCGACAAUACGUGGCUGGGCUGAGACGCAAGGAUGGGAGGACGGUGGGUUUGGGGCUUUAA